AGUUAUGUCACUUGCUUACAAGUAUACAUAUACGAGAAAAAGAAAAUCAAAUCAUGGCUGAUGAUAUGAAAGGUCAGCUAGAGGUUGAGGUGGAAAUCAAGUCUUCUGCUGAAAAAUUCUUCAACUUCUGGAAAGUCCAACCCCACCAAGUUCCCAAUCAUACUCCUUCCAAUAUACAAGCAGUUCAUGUACAUGAAGGUGAUUGGGAGACUCCAGGCUCCAUCAGGAUCUGGCACUACACUGUAGAAGGGAAACCUGGAAAACUUAAAGAAAGGGCUGAACUUGAUGAAGAGAACAAGAUAGUGAAGCUUAUUGGUCUGGAAGGUGAUGUCUUCGAGCAUUACAAGGUCUACAAUCCGAUAUGGCAUCCCAAGCCCAAAAACGAAGGAAGCUUGGUAACAGUGGCAAUUGAAUAUGAGAAACGGAAUUCCAGUGUUCCAGUUCCACAAAUUUACGUAGAUUUUAUGGUCAAUAUGACUAAGGAGAUUGAUGAAGCCCUUGUCAAGGCUUAAUUAGUGCGUCCACAGAACAGAAGGUUCAUCUUUUCUGCAUAUUAAUAAUGGGCCAUGCAGGCAAUAAUAUUAUGAUCUUGCAAAAUAAAACAAACUAAGAGCUACAGGCUAGCUUAUGAUCUAGCUGUUGGUUAAUUUCUGUAAUUAAGGUGAGAAUGUGUGAGAGUUAUUUAUAUGCUUGUCAUUAAUGUUUUUUAUUUUAUAUUGUGGUGUUUUUUUAAGUUAUAUUUAAAUAAAGUGGACGUUCUCAUUAA